AUGCCAACGCUAACCGGACAACAGCUAGGCGAAGCACCAAGAUACAAUCAUCCAUGUGGGCAUCUACUUGAUAGCGGAAGAAGAGAAGAGUAUAUCAACAUAUGUGUCCCUCUGUAUCGAGCAUCAAGUAAAGGAGAUUUGAAAGCUGCGAGAGCCAUUCUCGAGGGUCAUGAAUAUCUGGUACGGUAUAGUAUCACUGAAAAGAAGGAAACACCGCUUCAUGUGGUAGCAGCGGUGAAUAACUCUGAGUUUGUGAGGUAUCUUGUGGGCAUGAUGAGUGAGGACGAUUUGGAACUGCAGAAUGAAGAGGGCAACAAUGCCUUGUGUGUAGCAGCUAUAACUGGAAACCGUAUAACAGCCAUGAUUAUGGUCCAGAAGAAUUGUCAACUGCUUACAGUCCGUGGUAGUGGGAACAUGAUGCCACUAUACCUCGCUGCGUAUCACUAUAGAUAUGAUACAAUGCUUUAUCUUUAUGAGCACUCUCAACGAAUGUCAAGUCUUGGUUGGACGGAUGACGACAGAAAUAGUGUUUUUUUGAAGUGCAUUGAGAUUAAUUGCUUCGACGCAGAACACGCAAAUUUAGGGUAUUAUGCAACUGCAAGGGAAAGACGUGAAGCAGCCAGACACUUGCUACUGACUGAAAAGAGCAGUAAAGCAGCCACACAAUUACUAAGGAGAAUUUGGAAAAAAAUUGUUAAAAAGAAUAAGGAUGAAAUUGAUAUAAUACUCCGAGGCCCCGUGGCUGAAAUGGAUACGUACCCUUGUCAAAUACUGUUUGUUGCUGCAGAAACCGGAAACGCAAACUUUUUGUUUGAGCUUAUCCGCGAAUAUCCUGAUCUUAUAUGGAAGACAGAUGAUGCCGGACGAACCAUCUUUCACAUUGGUCUCAGUCGUCACCAUCAUGAUAUCUUCAAUCUAUUAGUUUAUGAGAUAGGAGCACCCAAUAAGGAUACAAUAACUCGACUCAAAGAUAAACAUGGCAAUACUUUGUUGCAUUCAGUUUCAAGUAAUACCAGGAAAAAUCCGUAUGAGCAUCUGAUGGGAGCCUCUGCUCAAUUGCUGCAUCAACAGGUCUGGUUCCAGCGAGUACGGUUUAUGCUGCCUCCUUUCUGUGGUCAACUGAAGAAUGCAGCUGACCAAACUCCGUAUGAAGUAUUCAAUCAUAACCACAAAGAUCUGAUUGACAAAGCAGAUAAAUGGGUGAAAGAAACAAGCAAUCAAUCCAUGUUGGUGGCCACACUUAUAACCACUAUUUCGUUUACAGCAGCUUUUACAAUUCCCGGUGGAUAUAAUCAAAACACUGGCUUUCCUAUGUUUCUCCGAGAUAUACCCUUCACGGCAUUUGUCAUAUUCGAUGCCAUUUCUUUUAUCUCGUCUUCACUUUCAAUCCUAAUUUUCUUACCCAUCAGCUUCUCUCGUUAUUCUGAACAUGGUAGCUUCCACACUAAAUUUGCGAUAGGUUUUCUAGCACUGUUAUUUUCUAUCACCACUUUGAUGGCUGCUUUUAGUGCUAGUUUCUUCGUAUUAUACCAUAACAAGCUGCCGAUUAUUAUGAGCUCACUUGCUACUUUACCAAUCAUUAUAUUCUUUCUCAUGGAAAGUAGGUCGUUUACGAGGGAUGUGCUGACUAUAUCAUUUGAGUUUAUGACCCCUAGGUCGAAGAAACGGAUGCCUUACAACUAGAAGGUUCUAAAUGUUGUCACUGUGAUUACUUUUAAAAUCUUGAGUUCCAGUUAAAGGAUUUCUUUAAUCAAGGUCAUUUAUAAAGAUGAGCUUGAUGAUGUCGAUGCAUGGUAAUUUAUUAAA